GUUAUUUUUAUUUUUAAGAGAAAGUGUUAUAAAUGCACAUCAGUGUCACAUGAAUGUUAUCUAUUCAGAUGAAAAAGCAAACACUUGCAUAAAUUUGCCAGUCAAACUAAAAUACACAUAGUCAGGAUGUUGUUUUAUGGCUCCUUUCCAACACACAAACCCUGAAGCACACAGCUCAAAAUAGGCUGCAUUUUAUAAAUGUUCAUUUAUGUUUUUAAUGAAUGUAUAAUUAAACUAUAAUGUAGAUGAGUCCUAUAUCAAGAAUCAGUUCUGCAUCAUAGUAACAUAUAGAAUAUGGAAAUUCAUACUUCAUAAAAAAGCAGACCUCAUUUAAAAUUGAUAGGUUAGUAAAACCAAACAAUGGGUUAUCAUUUAGGUAGAUAAAACAACAGGUGUUUAGUCUGGUAUCACCUCCGGCUUUUACUGACAGACAAGAUAAAUGCAACACUGCACACACAAUGCUGAUUAGUGGGAGCACCUUAGGUCAAGCUUCUGCCCCGCUCCGUGUCUGCCAGAUGCCUUACGUUACUGGGAUCAAACUGGGUGGAGCCCGAGGGGCCUGGAGUGGAGUGGGUUCGUCCGCAUGCCCCGAAGUGGAUCUUGAAGUCAUUGAGGAGUAUCUACAGGAACAUUCCCUGGAAGUCCACCCUGCUCACACACCUGCAUCAUCUAUAACCACCAUGGGCCAACAAACCUACCAGGACACCAGGAUUAUAGAGAAUAGCUGGUCAGGCCAGCAUCCUUAUGAGUGGCACUGUGGUUAUCACACUCCAAACGAGGAAUACAAAGUACCACCACACCACCCAGUCUGGCCUAGUCCGCAUGACAACCAGUGGGAGCACAUUCCAUACUCUUAUGAAGCACCUGCAUACAUCGACUCCGAUUCACAGUCUAGCAGCUCCCAGUAUCAGGAUUACCAAGAUUCACCAUCCCCACCCCCUGACAGGGGAGAUGGGAAGGACAGAAACUCCUCACCUCUCGCACCAUUAACAGGAAAGAGGAAGGAGCGCCUGUUCCAGUUCCUCUUUGAGAUGCUUCAGACGCCAUCAAUGCGGAGCUGCAUCUGGUGGGUCCAGUCCUCCUCUGGCACCUUUCAGUUCUCCUCUCAAAACAAGGAGAGCCUGGCGCAACUGUGGGGUCGUCGAAAGGGAAAUCGCAAGACCAUGACCUACCAAAAGAUGGCACGGGCACUGAGAAACUACUCCCGGACCGGUGAGAUUCACAAGGUGAAGAGGAAGCUCACCUAUCGGUUUGAUGAGAAGACACUGAGAGGUUUACAAGGAGACUCUACUGCAGUGUAGAUACUAUGACAGGGAGUGGAAAACAGCUUAGAAGAAAAAUGAGCACAAAGGAUGUCAGUACAAAUCAGUUAAUCUUUUCUGCUUCUUCUAAUUCCAAGGCAUCUUAAUGACAAAUGAAUACUGAGUAUUUUAAAAGCCAACACUUAGAAGACUGUCGAUCAGAAGUUUUGUAUAAAAGGAAUCGUACUGGAGUUGGAAUCAAACUGAUGACAAAAAUGAUGAAAUUGAAACAAACUUCUGUGUGUGAGUGGUCAGUUGGCAUUCAUUAAGUAAAUCUAAAAGGUUAUCACAGUAUAUCUACUUCAUAAGUAGAAUAGUCAUCCUUCUUAAUAUAAGAGUUGUGGUUUUCUUUGUUGUAACUCUGAAUUUCACAUAUCCAGCAAAUAGAGUAUAUGAUUUUUUCUCUUUUUUUUAAAGAUUUUUUACACAGAAGUAGGUUCUGUAUCCAUGAUCUGUUUGUUUCAACGUUAUAU